AUUAGAAGCAAAGCUUUGGAAAGUAUACAACACAAUAGUGGCUAUGAUGAUAGCAAAGGGUUUUGAUAAUCAGUUCGUAAAUAUUGAGGUAUUUGUAAAACCUAAUUCGGAAAUAAAGCUGAUGGAAAUAAACCCAAGAAUGUUUCCUCAAGCUUUAACAUUAUAUCGUCUCUGUAUCGCACAUGGUGACCCCGUUUCAACACUCCUAGAUGGUAAUCUUGGUAUGCGACCACAAGCUCCUCAUCUGACUGGGAAAUAUGGUGUUAAUGGAUACGUUAACACAUUCGGAAAUGGGAAAGCAGAAGAUUUAUUUGAUUUCGAGGCGGCUUCUGGAUAUAAAGAGAUCCAAUGUUUGUUCUCACCUGGAGAAGUUGUUCCUUUGUCGGGAGAAGAAGGGUCCAACCUUGCCUUCAUCAAUGUAUGCAGCGAAACCGAAGAAGGGGCAAUGAAGAAGUAUUUUACACUAUGUCGUAAAGUAGUAAAGAAACCAGACCUCAGCCCAUGGGACGAGUAAUAAGUUGAUAUGCAUUAUUGUGAUUGUAUAAUGUAUUCUUUUUGCCAUAUUACACUGGAUAUAAACGAAUUAUGUGUCAACCAAGGUACACAUUCAUAGUUUUAUGUAAUUAUAUAAACAUAAUAAUUAUUUAACUAAUCAGUUCAAUGUAGACAUAUACGACAUACGACCCACAUCAGACAUCGAUGCAUUUAUAGAAGCAUACAUCUUCAUUUUUUAUAAAUAAUUGAAAUCGUCUACCUUUUAUUUGAAUUAGCUUUGCAUGUCAUUUGCAUAAGUGCAAGCACAUGCACAGUGUUCUCACAGACUCCAUGUCAAG